GGAGGGCGGAGUUACCCAACUUUCACACCGACUGCUGGAGUGAACGACGGACAGAUAUGUGUUCAGCCGGACCAGUUGACCCUUUGUGAGGGUCAAAGUGCUUAUUUUGUAAUUUUUUGAUAGCGUUUAUUGCUCUCGGCGCAGCGUCAAAAUGAUGCGAUUCCUGCUGCUCUUCAGUCGCCAGGGGAAGCUGCGUCUGCAGAAGUGGUUCACCCCCAUGUCAGAGCGUGAGAAGAAGAAGAUCACCAGGGACAUGACCACCAUGGUAUUGGCACGGCAACCACGCUCUUGUAACUUCCUGCACUGGAAAGACCUGAAGAUUAUUUACAAGAGGUAUGCAAGCUUGUAUUUCUGCUUGGGCAUAGAGAACCAGGAGAAUGAGCUGAUAGCCCUGGAGGUUAUUCAUCGCUACGUGGAGCUGCUGGACAAAUACUUUGGCAAUGUGUGUGAGCUGGACAUAAUCUUUAACUUUGAGAAGGCCUAUUUUAUCCUGGAUGAGUUUCUAAUGGGAGGCGAAAUACAAGAAACCUCUAAACAAAUAGUGAAUCGCUGCAUUGAGGCUUCAGACAUGCUGCAGGAGACCAUGGAGGAGUAUAUGAGCAAACCUGCAUUUUAACCCGUGGGACAAAGAGCAUAAAGGAAGCGCGGGGAGGAAUACAGGAACCAAAAUGUACUGUAUAAGAGUCAAAGGAGUUUCUGAAUAUGGAUAUGGAAAUGACUUCGAUUCUGUUGCACAUUUUCAAAAGAAGAAAUGGGCCUAUUGAAUGUCUGCUCGCCUUCUGCCUGAAGCUUUGCUGCGAUGUAACUGCAUUUGAGAGUAAGUCUAAUACUUCUUCAGAGUCAUGCGCUCAACUGAAGGAAGGGGGAGGGGGUUUUUUUCACACUGAAUGCAGUUAUUGAAAUGUAAAUGAAGUAGCAAUAGAGGAUCGGGGAUGUAAAGAAUGAUUUUGAAUUUUAGUCUAUAAUUUAGUAAUGUAAUAAUAUAAUGGAAGUGAAUGAUUUUAUUCCAAAAGUACAACCAAUUGAUUUUGGAAAAAAUGUGCUAAACUGCAACUCCAGUUCAUAACUAUAUAUAUAUAUGUAUAUA